GUCCGCAGGCUACUUCCGGUUCUGUGAAAGCCUCAACAAAGCAGCACGAUGCGAGAUGUUCACCUGAGCAAUGAGACGUGCACAAACGGGUCGGCGGUGAGGUUGUGGUGUGGCUCUCAGUUCACAGUGUGUUUGGUCACUGGAGAAACGCUGAUUAACACACACCUGAGCAAUGGCACACAGACAGAUGUACAGUCAAACAGCACCUACAACCUGUGGCUGGGCCUGACCCUCGCCCUGCUGUCGGCCUUCUUGAUUGGUGGGAGUGUCAUUCUCAAGAAGAAAGCCCUCCUCCGAUUGGCCAACAACGGACACACCAGAGCAGGUGACGGAGGCCAUGGUUACCUGAAGGACUGGCUGUGGUGGGGAGGCCUGUUAACCAUGGGAGCAGGAGAAGUCUGCAACUUCGCUGCCUACAUGUUUGCUCCGGCCACGCUGGUGACUCCGCUGGGCGCCCUGAGUGUCCUCAUCAGUGCAGUUCUGUCCUCCUACCUGCUGGGGGAGGUGUUGAACAUUGUGGGGAAGCUUGGCUGUCUGCUGUGUGUGCUAGGAAGCAUCCUGUUGGUUAUCCACGCCCCACAGGAACAGGAAGUGACAUCACUACGGGAGAUGACCAACAAGCUGCUGGAGCCUGGUUUUCUGGUGUAUGUGGCGUUGGUGUUGGUGCUGUGUGCGGUGCUCGUGCUGUAUUGCUGUCCUCGCUUCGGUCAGUCCAACAUCCUCGUCUACAUCGGCAUCUGCUCGCUGCUCGGCACGUUCACUGUCUCCUCGGUGAAAGGCCUCGCCAUCGCCAUCAACACAGUGUUUUAUGAUCUUUCCGUCCUUGCUAAUCCUCUCACCUGGAUCCUGUUGGCAACGCUUAUCGUCUCCAUAGUAACACAGGUAAACUACCUGAACAAGUCUCUGGAUAUCUUCAACACCCUGCUGGUUUAUCCCAUCUACUACGUCCUCUUCACCUCCGUGGUUCUAUCCACCUCCAUCAUCCUCUUCCAGGAGUGGAGAAGCAUGUCGACCAUCGACAUCAUUACAACUCUGGGAUCCUUUGUGGUCAUCGUGGUGGGCGUGGCCAUGCUGCACCUUUUCAGAGAGCUGCAGAUGACGAUGAAGGAGCUGACCAUUCAGCUCUCACAGCCAGUGGAGAGGGAGGAGCUUAACCAGCAGGUUGUAACCAAUGGAGGAGGAGGAAGGAGUAAAAAAGAAGACAAGUACGGGCUGAUGGACAACAUGGUGAUCGAGAGCCUUCCCCCAAUGAGAGAGGAGGGACCGAGAGUCUUCAUCAUCAGCUAAGGAAGAGGAGGAGGAGACUCAGGUUCAGACUUCGCACUGACUGUUACUGUAAUGAUCUGCACUUUAAAGAACGUUCUAAAACGGCCUCCAGUCUGACGGCGAUCCAGCUCACACUAAACUCACUGUUACUCUUCAGAUUAUCACAAACUUAACGUUUAGAUAAAUAUGAAAGAUCAUUACUGAAAACAGAAGCUGACUUUUAGUCCAUUCCAUUCUCUUUGCAUUAGCAGAGUCACUUUAAAUACAAAGAGCCACAAAAUGCAAAAAGAUGCAAAACAGCGGCUGAGAUACAAAAAGCAGUAUAAAUACUGCAGACUGCCCACAGACAUGUGAAAAGUACUCUGAGCAGCUGUUCUCUGCUGCUUAGUGUUGAGUAAAUGAAGGUCAAUCAAUGAAGUUACUGCAUAUCAGAAACAAUAUUUUUCUGAAUUUACGGUCAAAUUCAGCGUCUGAAAACUUGAAUGGUGCCUUUGUGCAGGCGUUACGGUGGGUGUUGUUGUGGUUUUUUGCAGACAAAUCCAUGAAAAGAGGAAAACCGGCCAUCUGUGAGACGCUCCUCGUUUUAAAGCUCAGCGCCCGAGCUGGUCAUCGCUUCUCAGGUGUUUAUGUUGUGGACGUGUGAUCUGACACCGAGCUCUGAAUAAGUGAUGACACACACAGAGCAGGCUGAAGUGUGGCGUGUGAGAGAAUCUGUUUUUAUUAAAUAUGAAACGUUGGGCGUGUCUUCAUCAGAAAUUAUUUACUUGGAGAUCAACACACUCAAGGAGAUUCUCAGAAUCAGAGCUGCUGUUCUGGGAGUUCUGGCCUCUGAGUCUAAUCAUUUACAUUCUGUAUUCACAGGAAAUUUCUAAAUUUGAUCCUGAUGUCAGAUGUUUGUGUGUUUCUGAGUUUCUGUUGCUCCCAAACAAAAAACCUCUUAUUGCAUCAAGUAAAUCAUGAGAAACAUUUCAUCAGAAGCACAUAAUCCAUGUUGUUCACCCGUCUGUGGCUGUGAUGCUGCACAAACCACCGUCUCCCCCUCCUGGCUCUGACAGUAAUUGCACAAACACUGUUUCUACUUUUUUUUUUUUUUUUUUUUUUUUUUUUUUCCCCUUCUGAGUACCUGGAACUCCGCCCACACACUGAUCAGAGAAAUAUUUUAAAGGGUGAGUAACCGUGGCAAUAAUACGUCCACAUCAUUUUAUUCACUCUUUUAAAAACUCCAUUUUAGACAGUUAAAAAUUACACAUUUAAAAUGUA